AUGCCACACGUCACGAAAAUGCCAGAGUCUGUCUGGGCCUACGUUAAUUGUCACCUGCCGCCAGCCAAGGGUGAAAAGUAUCCAGUCCAAUACAUCGCUACAGUGGGCUUCCAGAGAGCGAAAUAUGAUAAGCAACUUGUCAACGUGACUGACAGCCGUACGUGUGAAGAGGAUUUCAAGCUUGACACCCACGGCUUCCAGUGGGUUGAGAGCACGAUCCAAGAGAAGCAGUGGGACGGUGACUAUCGAGUUGGACUGCCCCCUCAGCUGCAAAAUGAUGUCCAACAUCUUCUGAAGCGACACACGGGAGCGACAUACGUCCAUCCCUUUGCUCCUCAUGUCAUUCGGCGUGACAGUUACCAGAAGAUCGUCAACAUUGAAGAUGACGUCCCCGACGAUGCAAUGCUGAACAUGCAACCGCCUGCAAUGUUUGUGCACGUCGAUCAGUCCUACGACGGGGCUCAAAUCAUCCUCGACAGACUUCCCGAAGCAGAGAUGCUCCGUGGCAAGACCCACAAACGCUGGGGUAUCAUCAACGUGUGGCAACCUCUCAAGCGCGUGAACCGUGAGCCUCUUGCCGUGUGCGAUGCCCGCAGCGUUGACGAGUCCGAUCUUGUCCCGGUCACCACCCGUAUCGUCAUUGGAAAGCCCCCCAAGCCUAUGAGCAAGGACAAUGAACAGUGGCAUAUGAAGGCAAGCCCCAAGCACAAAUGGUACUAUGCUAGUAACAUGACGACAGACGAAGCGCUUCUGAUCAAGUGCUUUGACUCAAAGUUAGAUGGGAGGGCGAGGAGGACGCCUCACACCGCGAUCCAAACCCCGAACGACUUUGGCCCACCUCGUGAGAGCAUUGAAAUCAGAUGUCUCGUUUUCUGGGAGGACCAGGAAAAGAAAUAA